AUGGCUGGUGGACGGGAGACAUGUUUGACUUUGAUUGGAUUCAUUCUUACCUGUCUUAAAAUGGUUGCUUCAUUAAAAUCAGCUCCGGAAAUACCCACUAUUGAUCAGGCAUAUUCAAAAAUCAGCAACAGUAUCACUGUAGAAUGGGCUACAGUGCCGGGUGCCACCAGUUACCUCCUCAGAGCUGAAGAUGGGGACACAGUCAUUGAAACCAUGGUGGCCAAUUCCCCAGGCACUGUGACGGGACUAAAGGCUGCAACCUUGUAUGAAAUCACCAUCAGAUCCAUCAGCGCUGCUGGGAGAAGCCAGGCAUCACCUCCAAAGCAGGCAAAGACAGUGUUGGCUGCACCAAUUCUAGAAGUAAGCUCUCCAAGUUCAGACUCCAUUCUUGUGCAGUGGGAAGCUGUAUACAUGGCAAUUGGAUUCUCUGUGUCUAUUAUGCGAGCCAAUGGCUUGGGGAGUAUAUGGAAAGAGAAUACUACAAACACCUCCUUGACAUUCACCAGUUUAGAAGCCGGGACUCUUUACACCAUAAAGGCCUAUGCAUGGAAUGCCAACGGAAUCCCUGGGGACGACUCCACCUGCAAUCAGAGAACAAGUCCUCGGGCCCCUGCCAACAUUCAAGUCUCUUUCGAUAGUGGGGCUCUGAAGGCAUCUUUUUCAUGGGCACCAGCAGAAGGAGCUUUCAAUUAUACUGUGAUGGCUUUGAGUGACUCUUCAGAGCUGACCUGCAGUACAACUUUGAGCUCCUGCACCAUCUCUUCCCUCCAGUGUGGAACUGAAUACCUGAUUUCAGUUUUAGCAAGCAAUGAUGCUGGAUCUAACAAAUCAUCUUCAGCAGUGACCCUGAAAACUGUUGCUUGUGCACCUGGAAGAGUGAUGAUCCAAGAAGAGCCCCCUGGCCACCUGUCUGUGACUUGGUCCGAUGUAGAUCUGGGUGACUACUAUGUGGCCUUUGUGAAGAGUGAUGAUGGCUUGGAAGUCCACUGCAACACAUCUCUCACUCAGUGCAAUUUCUUAUCUGAGUGUGGCUUCACGUAUUUUAUUAGUGUUUUUGCCUAUAAUAAGGCAGGGCAAAGUCCUUUGGGUGACAUAUUCAAUUAUACCACAGCUCCCUGUUGCCCUAGUGACAUAAACCCGGUGUUGGUGUCCAGUGACAGAGUUGAGAUUGUCUGGUCUCCUGUCCGUGGUGCCGAGCUCUAUGAAACCAAGGCUGUCGAUGGGUACAAUGUGGUUGAGUGCAACGACACUGCUCCUGCAUGCACCCUUUCAGCUCUAGAGUGUGACACCAAGUACAACAUCACUGUGUAUUCCUUCAGUGAAGUCCGAGGCAGCAAUAUGUCAUGUACUCCUCAGUUCAUAACCACAGCUCCUUGCAGUCCUGAAAUAAAAAAUGUGUCAAGGGAUGCAUUCUCCAUGAUUAACGUACACUGGCGAUCCACUAAUGAUGACGCUACUUACACGGUGACUGCCCAGGGGGAGAAAGGACAGUAUCAGUGCAGCAGCAUGGGAGAGUCCUGCACCAUGGGGGGCUUGCCCUGCGGCUCAGUGUUCUCUGUCACUGCUGUGGCUGAAACACAGGCAGGACGGAGCCUACCCAGCUACAGUGUGCCUCUGGAAACGGCGCCUUGCUGUCCAACUGGUCUGACAGUGACUCAGAUCACCCAGUCAGUGAUCAAUGUGAGCUGGACUAUCGGGACAGUGGCUCAAACCCAUGUUGUCGUUCUGGAGUCACACACUGGACAGUCUAAGUGUCACACUCAUCAAAACCACUGCCUCCUGGGAUGCAUUACAUGUGGCAUCAAUUACACGGUGACAUUAAAAGCAAUUAGUGCCACCGGGUUGGCUGCAGAUUGCUCCUUCCAAAGUUAUUUCUCUAGUGCCUGCUGCCCUUUGGGGGUGAAAUUAUAUAGGUUGGGCCCUAACGGCAUCCGAAUCUACUGGCAAGCCUCCAGGGGCUCUGCCAAUUACAGCACUGACCUCUAUGGCUCCAAAGGCAUUUUCACAUGCACCCCAAGUGCUGGCCGCAGUUUCUGUGAUGUCGCUGAGAUACCCUGUGGGGAUGUAUACACUGUGAUGGUCUCACCAGUUGCUGAAACAGGAUUGAAGCUUACUUUCUGUCCAGAAAAAAUAUAUUCAGUAACUUGCUCUGGAAGUAUACUUGGAAUGGUGAUUUAUAGAGGGAAGAGAAAUGAAGAAUGA